AAUUUAGUUCCCCGUCCGAAGUCUCUGUGUGUAGAAUCAAACCCCAUUCAGGGCUUCCCCUUGCUCUCUUUAUCUCAAACGUCUCAAACCAACCCUCAUCAAGCCCCUACGUAUAAGAUAAAAGUGAAAAUUAGCCAUCUAAUAGGUUGAUUUGUGUGAUAUUGGAACACAUAAGUGCGCCUUUUCAAGGGGAGAAGGGUGGAGUACAUAUUGGGAAAAGGCAUAAAAAUGUCCAUAAGACUUGUGGUGGCCUACACCAUCGUGUGGUCGGUCGGUAGCAUGAGAUCAGUUGGAUAUGGAGCACCAAUCCCACCGGCGAAGCCCCCAUCACCCGAAAUGUUUGCGUUUAUGAGGCGAUUUGGCUAUUUAGAUGCAAAUCCAUCGGAUUCGGAAGCUCUCUACAGUGAAGAUGCUGUGAUUGAUGCCAUUAAGAUGCUCCAGAAAUAUGGUGGAAUCCCCCAAACGGGUGCUGUUGAUGAUAAAACGCUCAAAUUAAUGACAUCGCCAAGAUGUGGUGUACGGGAUUUAGAUGGUGGAAGCAACACCCGCAGUGGAUGGAGACGGAAGCGUUUUGUUGUCGGAGGACGUGGGUGGCAGAAGAGACAAAUUACGUAUUUCAUUGCAAAUUGGUCAGCAAAACUCGAUGAGAAGGAAGUGACGGAGGAUAUGGGGAGAGCUUUUGAGCUUUGGGGUCAGUAUGCCAAUUUGAACUUUAUUCAAGUUUUCGAUCCAUCUGCUGAUAUUGUGGUUGGUUUUGGCACCUACUACCACGGCGACAGCUAUCCCUUCGAUGGACCUGGCUACAUUCUAGCACAUGCUUUCUAUCCAUACGAAAUGGGCUCAUAUGGUGGUGACAUUCACUUCGACAGCGAUGAAAAUUGGACAAGAAGCGAAAAUAUCACAAAUGGAGAAAUCAACUUUCUCUCUGUGGCCGUCCAUGAAUUGGGUCACUCACUCGGAUUGGGACAUUCUCCCAUUUACAAUUCAAUCAUGUUCCCCUACUAUAGGCCCACCCACAGCACCCCAAUCACCCUCGAUUUUGACGAUAUCCUCGCCAUGUAUAAUCUCUACGUUAGAGUACACCUACCGGGUGAUGACGAGAUGGCACAAACUCCACCAUCAUUCACAACCACGGAUAUAAUCCCAACAUCCACGUAUGAGACAACAAUCAUCCCGGAUACAUCCCCCGUGAUCGAUUCGAAUGAUAGGGAAAACGCAUCGUUCACAACUGAAUCGAUUAGUGUUGAACGUGAAGAGAGGCCUACCACACUACCAGAAAAUUAUUUUUCAUUUCACGGAGACUACGAAACUGUAGAACAGCACAAGACACGAUUCAGUACGACAGCAUCCCUAAUGACGAGUGAGAGGGCGGCUGGAACAUUGGUGCGGGAGUUACCGCCGCCGCCCAAUCUGUGCGAAGGUAAUUUCGACGCUGUCUCACUGCUACGUGGUGAAAUAUUCAUAUUCCGUGGCAGAUUUCUGUGGCGUCUCACAAAUAGAUUUCACAUCCUGCCGGGAUAUCCUGUCGACGUGGCUGAGGUAUUUCCCACCCAAGGCACCCCAUCCCUGCAUAUUGAUGCUGCCUAUGAGAGACAUACCGAUGGGCACAUUGUUCUCUUCUCAGGAAAUCAAUAUUGGCUCUACAAUGGUAGUCACUUUGUCGAUGGAAGUCCGAGACUUUUAACGGAUUAUGGGAUUGACUCUCAAGUUACCUCAAUCGAUGCUGCUCUAGUUUGGGGUAAAAACGGGCGAACUUAUUUGUUCUCUGGGGAUAUUUUUUGGCGGUACAACGAGGACACAUCUACCCUAGAUCCCGGAUAUCCCAAAAGUAUUGCUCGCUGGCAUGGAAUUUCCGACAAUUUGGAUGCAGCCACAACACUUGAAAAUGGUCAGAGUAUUUUCUUUCGCGGUGAUCAAGUUUGGUUGUACAAUAACUUCUGGAUUCGACCUGAAAUUGGAUACCCAAAGAGAAUUGAUUCCCUCCUGCAUUGCCACACACAAUCAAACCACGAUGCCUUGAGGAUGGAAACAAUAGCUUAUCCCUGGUAGACAAAUAACCUAAGGACAACCACAAUAAACUAAUCAAUUAAUUUAAUGUUGAAUAAAUUAAUUCAUCUGGAAA